AUGCCCCACUACCCCUGAUGUCAGACCUCAUAAAACACCAGUGGCAGUCCAUAAAACUAACAUUGCCUCCACAGGUUCUCCAUACAAGCCGUCUAAGUCUUCUCAAGAAGGGAACGGACACAGAGAUCUUAACAAAGAAUGCCCCCUGCACAAGAAACCACAUUCUUUACUAAAAUGCAGAGCCUUCAGAGAAAGACUUUAGAAGACCGCAAACAGUUCCUCAAAGACAACAACAUCUGCUUCAGGUGCUGCACUACAACAUCACACUUUGCCAGGAACUGUGAGGUCAGUGUGUCAUGCUCAGAAUGUGGUAGUACAGAACACAAUAUGGCUUUACACCCUGGGCCACCCUCUCAGGCAGUACACCAAACAGAGGAUCAUGAAAAGAAGCAGAUAGACACUGACAAAACCAACACAGUAGUCACUUCUCAGUGUACCGAGAUCUGUAAAGGAGUGGUAGGAGGAAAGUCCUGCUCGAAAAUCUGCCUUGUCAGAGUUUACCCGGCCAGUCACAGAGAUAAGGCGAUCAAGGCAUACGCAAUCUUAGACGAUCAAAGCAACCGGUCUUUAGCAAAAUCCACCUUUUUUGACACCUUCAACAUCACAGGACCCGGUUCUCCCUACUCCUUAAGGACAUGUGCAGGUACAGUGGAGACGGCGGGGAGGAAGGCAACGGGAUACAAGGUAGAGUCCAUAGAUGGGCAGACCUGCUUGUCACUGCCAACCAUACUGGAGUGCAACCAAAUUCCUGACAACCGUUCUGAGAUACCUACACCAGAAGUAGCAGCAUACCACCCCCACCUGAAGCGUAUAGCUCACCAGAUACCAGAACUGGAUCCAGAAGCACCAAUAGCCUUACUCCUAGGAAGAGACAUACUACGUGUUCACAAGGCUAGAGGACAGAUUAACGGUUCCCAAAACGCUCCAUACGCCCAGAGACUUGACCUAGGGUGGGUCAUCAUAGGAGAUGUCUGUCUAGGUGGAGCACACAAGCCGAUCUCUGUCAACAGCAUGCUCACCAACACACUUGAAAGUAGACGUCCUUCCUUAUUCCAACCAUGUCAGAACAGUUUCCUGAUAAAAGAAAUGCCACAUAGAGAUCCUGUCCCUUGUCCCUUCAUGGAUCCUUCCAGCGAAGACCAUGCCUGCGAUGGUGAACGAGAUCACUUAGGGUGUACAGUUUUCCAUAGGUCAAGAGAAGACAACAAGGUCGCAAUGUCCAUAGAAGACAGACUGUUCUUGGAGAUCAUGGAUCAAGGAAUGACAAAGGACAAUUCAAAAAGCUGGGUCGCGCCUUUACCAUUUAGACCCCAGAGACAACGCUUACCUGACAACAAAGAACUUGUCUAUAACAGAUUUAUCUCCCUCAAGCACAAACUUCAGAAGACACCAGAGAUGAAAGAAAAUUUCAGAACAUUUUAUGUCUACGUCUCCAAUCGAGUGCUGAGGAUCAGGAGAUCCACUAGUCCUCAACAGUGGCACUACGUGCCUACACAACAUAAUCCCACAGACUACGCAACCAGAUCCGUCGCAGCCUGCCACCUGAAAGCCACAACAUGGUUCACAGGUCCUGCGUUCCUGUACCGUUCAACGGCUUGCAACAUCGGAUGUGACACAUUUGAAUUGAUAGACCCAGACGCAGAUGAGGAGAUCCGACCCGAAGUGUCUGUUCUUAACACAGUGACUUCAGAUCGUCAACUCGAAUCCCAUCGUUUCAGCAGGUUCUCCACCUGGAUGUCUCUGGUCCGUGCGAUAGCCAUCUUGAUUCAUAUAGCAUUCAAGUCCUACACAUCUACAUUACCUGUGAGUCAGAAACCUUGUAAAGGUUGGCAUCACUGCAAGAGCGCCUUUACAGCUUCCAAUCUGGAGAGGUCCAAGGACAUAAUAAUCCACACAAUUCAACAUGAAUGUUACACUAAGGAGAUAGAAUACCUCAGGAAAGGCCAAACAGUCUCUAAAGACAGCGCUUUGAGAAGACUUGAUCCCGUCAUUGACCAAGGUGGGUUGAUGAGAAUAGGAGGCCGCCUUCAGGAAGCCAAAGUAGACUUCAGAGAAAAACACCCUAUAGUAAUUCCGGGACAUCACCAUGUCGCGACCCUACUCAUACGACAUCACCAUCUUCAAACAAAACACCAAGGCCGAAUGUUUACCGAAGGGAAUCUACGAGCCGCUGGACUAUGGAUUGUUGGAGCGAAGAGACGUGUAAGCCAGGUCAUUUUCAACUGCAUUACCUGUCGCAAACUUCGUGGUGUGUCUCAGAACCCAAAAAUGGCCAGUCUCCCAGCUGAAAGACUCAGCACAGAUCCUCCCUUCACUAACGUUGGCUUGGACGUGUUCGGCCCUUGGUCAGUGGCUACCAGGCACACAAGAGGUGUUCACACCGGUGCAAAGCGUUGGGCAGUCAUGUUUACUUGCAUGUCCAGUAGGGCAGUCCAUAUAGAAGUGAUCGAAUCUAUGGAUGCUUCCAGCUUCAUAAAUGCAUUCCGACGGUUUAUCGCCAUUAGAGGACCUGUGAAAUGUAUUCGUUCAGAUAGAGGCACAAAUUUCGUUGGAGCAGUAAAAGAACUCCAAAUUCCUUCCAAUUUGGAUACGGCCAAGGUGGACAGAUACCUAAAUGAGCAAGGAUGCACAUGGACCUUUAAUCCACCGCAUUCCUCCCACAUGGGCGGCGUCUGGGAAAGGAUGAUAGGGAUAGCAAGGAAAAUCUUGGAUUCCAUCUUCUCGCAGGUAGGGAGUACGAGACUCACACACGAAAGUCUGGUCACAUUCUUGGCAGAAGUCUCAGCCAUCAUGAACGCAAGACCGUUGACUACCCUUUCCAGUGACCCUGAAGAUUUGAUGAUCCUUACCCCUGCCAUGUUACUCACACAGAAGACCAGCACCCUGAGUGCUCCAUCUGGAGAAUUUACUGAAAAAGACCUGUAUAGACGUCAAUGGAGGCAGGUGCAAAGUCUUUCUAAUGUCUUCUGGGACAAAUGGAGAAAAGAGUAUGUCUCUACCUUGCAGUCGAGAAGGAAGUGGCAAACUAACAAGCCGAACAUCAGACCUGGGGAUGUCGUGCUCAUGAAAGACCACCAAUCACAUCGGAAUGAGUGGCCACUGGGCCUCAUCACCAACACUUUUCCAAGCAAGGAUGGGAAUGUACGUAAGGCCGAGGUCAAAAUCUGUAAGCUUGGCGAGUGCAAACUAUUCCUCAGACCAACAACAGAGCUCGUGUUGUUGUUUUCACCUGAGAAGACAAGUAGUGACAUCUGUUGACGCCAGACGGGGAGUGUUCUGCCCCACAUCAAGGGUUGAAGAAUCAUUACUACUUCAACAAGCUAGAAUCUGUAUAGCUAGUUACGUAACAGCGCCAUCUAGCAGCAGUAGAAAUCCACUGCAACCUAUGUUUCUUACAUUUGUAUAAAUAAAGUUCUUAAUUAUGCAACUACAGUGCAUUGUGGGUGGCUAGUGCAUUCUGGGAAGGAGAAGGGAGACACCAUACUGUUUACAGCACAUUUGCAUAGCUGUCCUAGCAUUCCUGCUUCUUAAAUCUCCACUACCCCACAGCCAGCAUAUCUGGGGAUUAAAGGAUUGCCGGGAAAGGAAGACAGUAUGAUUCAUUUCAAAUAAGAUCCUAACAGGGAUAGGAUGUGGAUAAUGUUUCAGAUGAGUUGUAUGCAGAGGAGGGCAGUCGAUAUCUGAAAAAUCAGUCGUGACUGGGAACUUCUGGGACAUUCCAAACACAUACUGCAGCAGAUGGUGACAUUCCAUUCUGCAGAAUAACAACAGAAGCAGAAGCAAGGCAGGACAAUUGUGUUAAGAUCUGUUAAUUGUGAAGGAGGGUUGACGGUCACAGACAGAUAUGCGACAUGUGAAACAUAAAACACAGAGUUGUCAGGUUUGCAUUUAUGAAGAACCAAUGAAAUAUUGAAGUCUUAUUUUUAUGCAGAAGGGGUACGGUGUAUUUAUUUGCACAUAUUUUAUGUACAAACUUAUAUGUUACAUGCAUUCACCUUCUACAAAUGUAAUGUGUGUAUAUGCAUGGAUGCAUGCAUUUGUGUACAGAAGUAAGCUUCCUGGUGAUACACAGUAGUGAUGGGCGAAUUUGCGCCGUUUCGCCAGAAAAUUCGGGAAUUUUGCGCA